AUGCAACAGCAGCAGCUAAAAAGCCUACAGGACCUCCAUCAUAUCCAGGAAGUGGAGCUUCAGAGACAACAGGAAGAGCUCGUUCAGCAGCAGCAACGUCAGGAGAAGCUGCUUGUAGCACAGCGCCGCCAACGGGGGGCCGUCGCGUCUCGCGGCCAAGCACAUUCAGCCGCUUCACUGAUGGCAAGUGCCGGAGCGCAGGCGCGUGUACCUGUUCAUGCACGCGCGGACACAAGUUCGCUUCAUGUGAGAAACGAUGAAGGCGACAGAAAGCCGCCGGCGGCUGCUCAUUCAUCUCCGCUGUCUCCUCUCGCACACGGCGAGGGGCCUAUGCCCCAUCCUGUCUUUUCACAAGGUGCAGCUGCGGUACCUGGGAGUCCCUGCGGUGCUGACUCGCGCGACAGUCCGAGUCGCCUGCUCCUUGUCCUGCGGUGCGCGGAUGCGGACGGGGUUGGCGAUGCUCGUGAGUUGCUUGGCUCCGGGGAUGUCGUGCGUCUUCGUCUCCAGCACUACCUCGUAAACAAGCUCAGGGGCCACCCCGUCCUGCGACUGGUGUCUGAGACGGAUGCAACGAGGCGUGGAGCUGAGAAUACUUCUUUCGCCGGAAGGCUCAAGAGUGCUGUCUUCGGUGAAGCACCUCAGGACAGGGCCAGAAGAAAAUUCGUAGUUGUGACAGCGGAUGCCGAAAAGCUCCUUCUGGUCCUCGAGGAAGUAGGGGGGUUGAAGCUUACUAGGAACGGGGUAUUCUUCGCUCCUUACAGAUCGGCAUGCAGAAGCUUGUUCAAAGGCGGCAGGAAAGACUCACGACUGUUUCUCACUCCCAACGAGGCCGUGGAACUCAUGAGGUCGGAACUAUUCGCCAUGCGGUUUGGCUCAGAUGCACCGUUUCAGAGUCUGCAGGGUCUCAGUGUGCUGGAGGUUUGCAUAGCGGCUGGUGUCGUGGAGGAUUUCUUGCCGCUUCACCAGCCUCGGCUUCUCUCAGCACUACAAGCCAUGGCUCCUUGUGGUUGCGGAAGAAACAGUGGAGCUCUUUGUUUGCGGAGACGCGGGUGCGGGCACAACGCAUGCAGCAGUACGCAAUCGGGUCUCUGUGCUUCGGCGGCCGCCACGUUCGCUCCAUACGACGUGCUUGUCGCAGCAUAUUUCGGAUAUCCAGCUGCUGCGUUCUCUCUAUUCGUCCGCUGGCUUCGCCGCCUUCUCUUCUUCCUGCUCUCCUUCUGUGUGGCUACCACCCUCUUCCACCAUCUCGUACCUUCGCUUCGCCGUCGCCUCGCGAGCGCCGCCGCAGAGGCGGUUCCGGGCACCGUCGCGUUGCAGGCGGCCGCCGGCAUUUUCGGAGCUGGAGAAUCCGGCGUCUCUGCGGUCGCAGCAGCUGCGGGUGCAGCUCUCGCAGCGACUGUGGCGGCUGUAGCGGGUGGAGUGGAGAUGCUUCUCCGGCUUGUGGACUCGUCGGCAGCAGUGAGAGGCGCUACUGGGAUCGUCAUUUGCCUUGUGACGAUCUUCAAGCUCCGAGGCCUGGGAACGACGCUUCCUCUUUUCCGAUACACUCUCGGGGUGUCCAGCCUCCCUCCCUUCUCUUUCGCUUCGUCUAGUUCAUCCCUUUCUUCCACGUCACCCUUCUCGGCGCUCCUUUUCUUUGAGUGGCCGACGCGCCUGCUGCGGCAGAAGAUCGAAUCCCUCUUGGCAUUCGCGGCUUCUCCUUCAGAGGGACUGUCUUACGCCUCUCACCCUCUGUUUCGUCGCGCCUUCCUCAAAGAAACAUCUGGCUCGAUGCUAGGGUUGGGUGCCGGUCUCUCAACUCCUCACGGCACAAUUCAUCAUGCUGACCCCUGGUCUGCUUCAUCGGUGACUGGGCGAGGGGGAGAACCAGUGUCAUUCAGAAGGGAGGCUCCAGAAGAAGGAAUUGAAAUUAGAGAGAACGCCGACCCCAUUUUUACGUCCAGACGACGAUCUUCAUCCUGGUCGACAUCAAGCGUGGCGAAACUUGGCCUCUAUGCGUGCCUUUACCUCCUGUUGGUCUGCCUUUGCCUGGUCGGUCUGGACGUCACCCGCCUUCUUCCCAUGCCGCCGCUGGGCCUGUGGAGCCGAACUAUUUUGCAGCGCCUGCUGUCUCCGUUUCCUCUCUUGCAAUGGCCUACAUUUGCAGCCUUGCCAGCCGCUUCGUUCUCUGCUUGCCAGGCCGUCCAGGCGGUGGAUCCGCCGGCGGCCGUCGCCUUGUCUCAGCCUUGGUCCCCGACGCCUCCCCCUUCUUCGUCCUGGCACUUUUUCACCGCAGCUUUUCAUUCUCCCCUCCUGGGUGCGUGGGCAGUCAACGAGGGCCUGCGGCUUUUUUGCGGACUAGCUGAAGGCCACGUUAUUUCUCUCCUGGUGGUCCUCCUUUGCGCCUUCCGAGCACUAGCGACUAUCUCCUGUUUCUUGGGCAGACAGCUUGUUGGCAUCCGUCUGCCGCUGACGGCUUCACUGGGGGAGGAGGCGGCCUGCAUCGACGAUGAGGAAGAGGACAGGCAGCAUGUUGCUGUGCGACAACCCGAUGCGGCUAUCCAGUUGUACGUGGAGCUCGCCUCCCUCUUCUUUUCGGUCUUCUCUCUCUCCGUACUUCUCGGCAUCAGUUCGGCAUUGCAGGUCGCCCUGUCGUCUUCUCUUUUGGUCCUCACUUGCGCAAUCGUCCUCGACUCUGUGCUUUCUCUUGCUUUUUAUCGGCGAGGGCGCGGCGGCAGCUCGUCGAUGUCUUGUCAUGCCAUUCCGUCUUCUUCCUCACACACUGCCCAGUUGCAGGCGUCUCGACGACCUUAUUUCUUCACGCCUCUGUAUCUCUACGCGUCUGUCCUUCUUCUCACUCUUCCUAUCGCUGCACUGAACGGCAUUCUCCUUCCGUUCCUCGUUCUCACCCUUCUCGCCUGCGGCCUGCUCUCUCUCCGCGCACAUCGGGGGCUCCUGUCCUCCCGGAGGAGCUUCAGCGGUAGCGGUAAAUCCUUCACCGACUUUCUUGACCUUUGGGUGCCUGCUUGGGGCAACCAGCUGACACUACUCCUCGUUGCCAUCGCGUCGUCUGCACUUUUCUCAACUCCUCCCUUCCGCGCAAUCACUACCGCUUCACGAAGAGGAAUGGAUCACCCGGCCGCUGCGCUAGCCCACAGCUCCGCGGCAGAUGGAAUAAACAACGAAUUCAUUCAGUUUAUGCUUCCCGCCUGGCUGUUGGCGAUCCAGCAAGCAGCUGUCUUGGGAGCUGUCCUGUUCUUCCUCUCCUGGUCUGUCCCUUCAACAACGCCGAAGCUCAGGCUGGUCCUCGAGAUGGCGGAGCGUGAGCUGAGUGCGCACGAGUUCGGAUUCGCCGUGCAGCGCAAAGAGACAGAAGAGCCGGCACCCCUCACCUGUCAUCUGGUGGGGCUUCCGAAGGUCCCUGCGACUCCCCCUGUACCCUUCUUCACUCGAUGCAGGCGAUUUUUUUCUCCUCCUCUUCUUGUCUUGUGCCCUUCCGCCGUCCGGCGGCGCUCACGCGUCGGCUGUCCUACGCCUCCAAGUCUUUUCGAGGGGGCGGCGCUGCAAAAAAUGACACUCGAGGUGUUCGGUGUUGUAGCGCGAGCGGAAAUGAAGGGUGACGAAGACGUCAGCGGAAAAUCCGAGGACGUCCUACCUCACGUCAACAUCCGACAGCUUUCCGCGGCCACCGAUCAGUUCAUUGCUUCUCUUCCGCGAGGUCCGGGGAGCGUUCUGACAACUCCUUCUCAACCAUCCUCGGUUGCUGUGGCGGCCUCCAAGGAGCGCGCUGAAGACACAAAACGGCGCGUCAACCAUUUCUUGGGCGAGUGGCUCUUUAACCGAAGCAAGUCCGAGAGCAUGAGCCCCCUGACGCAGCACCUGGGGAUUCCGUGGGUGGUGCGGCAGGCCGUGGAGAAGUUUACGCCGCAGCUGACAUACACGUAUGAGGCAGAGAAAAACGAAUUAGCGAUUGCCACGACUCUCACUGCCGGACUCACAAAGACAAUCCGCCUCAAUCUCUCGGGUUUGGGAGUGGAGCAGAGCGACCAAGAUGCAGGAGGGGCAUGGAAGUCAUCCACGCGACUUGAGGGCUCGAUUCUCAAGACUGUCCAGCGGAACGAUUCUCAGAGUGCAACUCUGUACGAGACGCGUCGAGUCAUUAACGACAGCGGUAACCCGGAUGACCACAGCAAAGACCAGCUGUGGUACACAGCCCAGCUGCACAAGGACAAUCUUGCUGAGGACGUUGUUGUCAAUCGCUACUUUGACCGCGUGAACGGUCCGCCGGCUUUAGAAGGAACUGAUUUUCCAUAUCUCGCUGACGAGCAACCCGGGAGUGGCCAAGCGGAGGAUGUGUACGGCGGACAAGAGAGUCAUGGCAUUUCCACGGAGGGGGGGUCGACCAGAACGUCCGCACAUGGUAGAACAGGCAGAGGUUCCCGUCCUGACAAGGAUGACAAACUCGAGAAAAUGGGUGAAGAGGCGGUGGAUGCGGUAAAAGACGUAGUGGACAGUGCCCUACGGUCGGACGCGUCCAAAGCGGGGUGGUCUGUCACCAGCGGAAAGGCAGGAAGCAAGAUAUUCCUGAGAGAUGACGGAGGUGAUAAAAAGCUUCCUUUGGUGGGACUUAGCGUUAUCACCAUGAAGGCUGGCAUAUCAUUGAAGGAUGUUGUUGACUACCUUACGGAUCCGGCAAGCAAGCUGCAGUUCGACCCUCAAACUCUGAAAGCUGUCAAGUUGGAGGAGUUGUCUUGUGGAUCUCGUAUUCUGUACCAAGCAUUCAAAGGGCAGUGGGGCUUUGCUGGUCGGGACUUCCUUCUUCUUUCUCGCCGAAAAGAGAUUUCGGAUAAGCGUGUCGUCAUCGGGUUUCGCUCCAUCGAGUAUUCCCAAGCCCCGCCUGCGGCUGAGCUAUGGCCUGCAGGAGCAGGAGAGUUCGUCAGGGCAACGCUCCUGAGAGGUGGCUAUGAUCUGCAGGUGCUCUCCGAUGGAGUCGUCCAAGUUUCCUUUGUACUUCAGGCCGAUCUGAAAACUGACGCCGUACCUGCUUGGAUAAGCAAACGCGUGAAGUCCGACCAGCUGAAUAUCGUGACGGCAAUCAAAAAUCAUAUCGAGAAACGCUAUGGAUGA